CAGAUAAGAUGGCAGGAUUGCAGGUUGUAAGAUCUGGUUUACUCAGAGGAUUCCAAACAGCCUCCAGGCUCCAGGUUGCUUCUUUAUCCCGGAGUAUCCCAGUACUCUCAGAUAUACAGAUCAAGGAUAAAGCUAAGGAGGUUAAGAAAUUUUCCGAGUCCGAGAUCCUUGGUCAACAUCAAACCUCAGGAGGACUUAUUACUGUUGAGGGUCCUGAGGAUCAUAGUUUGAUCUCUGGUAUGCCUGAGGAGCAUACCCUUGAGCGUACAGUCAGGAUUUAUAAACCAGCAAAGAACGCUAUGCAGUCCGGAACUGCCGGGAUUAAAAGGUGGAGGAUCGAGUUUGAUACUCGUGAGAGAUGGGAGAAUAAUCUGAUGGGUUGGAGUAGCUCUGCUGAUCCUCUCUCCAACACACUUCUAGACUUUGCUAACAAGGAGGACGCAAUCAAGUUCGCGGAGAAGAACAGCUGGACCUACUCUCUAGAGGACCCGAAGGAGCGUGCCCCAAAAUCUAAAUCCUAUGCGCUCAACUUUGCCUGGAACAAGAGAACGAGGAAAUCUACCAAAUAAACCAGUUCUCCGCCAGCGGUACCUCGGCGGGGAAACAUAUCCUCCGUCAGCGGAAUCCGCGUAGCAGAACUUUGGUUGAUUUUCAUAUUGAGGGGUGCAGAACCUGGUAGGAAUAUAUUAGGAUAUAUUUGUAAUACUGAAUAUUUAAAUAAUAACUUUUGAAAAACUUUACGAAAUUAAAUUGGAAAUUGAAA